AGUAACGGAGCAGAUGUUGUGCAGGUGUGAGCAGUGAUCCAGGUGUGACGGCGGCAUGAGCCUCGAAGGGUCGUUCAUGGUCUUUGUCUUUGUGGCACAGUGAUACCUAACAUGAAUGCGGCUCAAGUGCAUACAUUUUCACUCGUGCGCCAGAACGAAAAGUGAAUGACAAAAAAUGCACGAAAAUAGAUGCACUCAGAGUAACCAAACAAGACAGGAUUUCAGCUCUAACCGAAGUGAAUACCUUGCAUACACUAGAAGAUUAAUCAAACCUUGCAUGUGCAGAUAAUGAAAGAGGAGAGGAAUAAGUGCAAUGGAGAAAUGAGUGCAAAUGGCGGCCGUGGAUGGAGUGCAGUGGACAAGAGGUCAUUGGGAAUGAGCGUCAUGAAGUAAAGGGAAGGAAGUGCACGGUGAGGAGGUUGCGGGCUCAGGAGCAUGCUGGGAGCGAGCCGGGGAGUGGCGGCGGUGCGAGGCGGGGUGGCCAAGCUGAGGCAGAGUCGUGCUGCUGUGGUGGUGCUGGUUUACGCCGCUCUGGUGCUGGACAACAUGCUGCUCACCGUCGUUGUGCCCAUCAUCCCAGAAUACCUGUACCAACUGGAGCACCGCCACGUGCCAGUUUCACUCAACACCAGCACCAUCACCACACCAUCGUCCUUCGUCACUGCCCUCUCAUCCCCUGACGCGUCCACGUCCUUUUUGGAAAGAGACGGGAAUCUUACACGUCAGUCUUUAAAGGGACGGAAGCUCACUCCAGCACACAAGACACAAGUGAGAAAACUUGUUGCUUCCAUUCACCAUCUCUCCCCUCGACUGUCAUCGCGAGUGGAAAGUAAAGGGGAUCAAAGAAAACCUCUUCAUGAAGUGAACGACAAUGAAAAACGUGCAACAGUUGACACAAGUGACUUGAAAAUCCUUCAGUCCCCACGCUGGUAUCAGAGGCUCAGGAGUAUGCGUGCUUUUCAGAAAACAGAUGGUGCGUUUGUUGGAGCCGAAAGAAGGAUGCUCAAUGAAUAUUUCCAAGAAAUGCAAAGUGAACACAAAACAAAAAGCCGACACGUAGCAAGUGAAUACAACAAGAGUCCGUUUGCGAAAAGUGAACAGAUUAUAAAUGGAUCUUCGUCUGAAUUUCUGACGGCUAAGAAAAGAGUUUUGCUUUCCUCUCAGAGACAUCGAACAUAUGAGGCACCUUCAACGUCUGAGGAGGUAAAACAAAGUAAAAAAACAAAGGAUAGCAAGCCCAUAAAACCUACAACAGCCUCCGUUUCUGGUGCUGCUGUGACGGAAAGGGGGAUGUACAAGGAUAUUAGUGACGAGAACUGGAAGGUUGGAAUGCUGCUGUCCUCCAAGGCUUUGGUACAGCUAAUGGUAAACCCUAUGGUAGGCUCCCUCACUACCCAUAUCGGAUACUCACUCCCACUGGUCUUCGGCACCCAUAACCUUCUGCUAUCCGCUGUCUUGUUCGCCAGCGCACAAGACUUUAUCCUGAUGUUCUUAGCCCGAAGUCUUCAGGGUGUCGCCUCAGCCUGUAUCGCCGUGUCAGGUAUGGGUAUCAUCGCUGAGCUCUACACGGAUGACGGGGAGCGGGGUCGGGUGCAGGGCCUCGUAAUGGGCGGCAUAGCACUUGGGGUCCUCACCGGAUACCCUCUCGGCAGCCUACUUUAUGACUUCAUGGACUCCAAGACGCCUCCCUUCCUGGUUGUGGCAGUUCUGACGGUGGUCCUUGGAAUCGUACAGGUGGUGGUGCUCAACCCUCGCAAGGUGCCCGAGCGCAUGGUGACAGCGACUCCCUUGAACCAGCUAGUACGGGAUCCAUACAUCGUGGUUACAGCUGGAGCCGUGAUGGUGGCCACCUCCACGCUGGCGGUGUUGGAGCCUUGUCUCCCCAUCUGGCUCAUUGACAAUCUACAUUUGCAGAAAUGGCAGCUGGGUGUAGUAUUCAUUCCAGAUAGUGUGGGAUACUUCCUGGGCACCAGCUGUACUGCGGGACCUUCCUACACUCUUGGUCGAUGGAGGGCUGCCCUGCUGGCUAUGAUGCUCGUGGCGUUAGCUGCAGCCACUGUACCUGAGGCGACCUCCCUGUUGGCAUUAUCCGGGCCUCAUCUAUUCCUGGGCAUGGGAGUGGGCACCGUGGACGCCGCCCUUAUGCCCCUUCUGGCAGCCCUGGUCGACACUCGCCACGUAGGAGCUUAUGGAGCAGUAUACUCCAUCGCCCAGGCUGCAGUGGCCCUUGCCUACUUUUUGGGGCCUCUGGUGGGCAGCGCCGUGGUGGAGGUGAUUGGCUUCCCGUGGCUGAUGCGUUCCAUGGCCUUCCUCAACUUGUGCUAUUGUCCCCUCCUUUGUUUCCUGAGCAAUCACGAGACCACAACCGCCUCCGCCUCUGAGACGCAGGCCAUCUUCAUGGCGGCCCCGAGGCGUAACGACUACCUGACCCACAUCACCACCAUCGUGCAGCCCAACAGGCAGUCCUCUGUCACCUACCACCAGUUCUUUGACGAGGACGACGAUUAGAACUCAAGAAUCCAGUAACACUUAUUAGAAGGGCUUGUGAGGCUCUGAUCUCCAAGCAUCCUCGACAUGUGUUCGAUUGUUUGUUAAACUGUUGCUGUAGCUUGUCAAUUGUAAGCUGCUCAUGUUUGUAAGGAAUUGUCUUUUGUGGCUCGUCUUGUCUCACAUCUUGUGAUUGUGUGUUAGUUUAAUUUUUCCCUGUCCUCUAAUUAAGAUAAAUGUCCUUUAAAGUACCUAAGCAAGCUGGGAUAAGAGCAUAAGUACCAGGUGAAUGUACAGUAAAGUUUCAGCUAAUAUGUUAAUAUAUGUAUGUUCCAUA